GCUGCCAGACAAGGCUCCACUGACGGAGGAAAACUCUGCUGCUGGAAGAGAACGCGAUACUUUGUGGUAAUCUAAUCUCGUUGUCUGUCUCUACGGUCAUUGGUCUCUACUCACAAACAUGGCGGACUACCGCGAAGCGCCCUUGGCCACUCGGCCAAAAACGUUGGACCCAGCUGAAUAUUUCAACCUUUCGCUGGACCAGAGACGUGCCGAGGAGGAGAGGGCUGGUUUAAGGGCCCAGCUGAAGAGACAAUAUCAGAUGCAGCUAAACAACCCGCACAGAAAAGAGCUUAUUGAAGACCCUGCCUUGACACGCUGGGUGUAUGCACGCACCAACCCCUACAACCACUUCAGAGCCACCAAGAAGACGUCGCUGCUAGGACAAGAAGGAGGAGCAGAUCAAAGCUGGGACCUACGACCGCAAGUUCAAGCUCGCCUACUGAGUUUGCUCAUUGCAGACCUCCAUUGUAAAGUAUUGUAGAUUUAAUGUCAGUGUGUAUCUGUUAAUUGAAUAAAAUGUCCUUUUGUUGAAAAAGCAAA